CACUUUGAAGGUGAGUGGUAAGAUUUUUCUGUGCAUUUCUCUCACUUUUUCUGAAUACCGACAGAUCCUAAGAGCUGACUGGACAGUGUCAAGGAAUUCGAAUUUCGUGCAUGGAUUUCCUCUCAAAGAACGACCUGACAUCGUUUGAUUUGAGAAAUAACCAUGGCAGGACGUACUAAUAACAAGAAGGCAGGACUUGAGAUCCAGGAGGGGAAAGAUGACGCCUUUGUGUGUUAUGGGUAUCACCGAAGUAGAGCAUGGACGUGGCUGAGCUAUACUUUGUGUGUCUGCACCGUAGGACUUGCAGCUCUUGUUUUCUACUGGAAGCCCGAUUGGUGGAUUAAGUUCACGUGUCGGGUUUGUGAUCUUAGGGACGCUGACAGCAUCAUCAUAAAGGAUAUCUAUCAACGUUACCACGUUUGCCCACUGCGGACAAUGGAAGUAAACUCAAAGAGUGUUUGUGGACCAAAGAGUCUUAAGAAAUUAUUACACCGCGAUGUCGUGAUUGGCGGUAUGUUGAAGUACGUGAAAUUUCAGAAAGUUCGUUACAUGUGGGACCCAAAAGAAGAAACGUUCUUUAAGCUCAGAGUUCUCGAUGGUGCCAACAGCUGUUCUGAAUUUUAUGACAAGCUACAGAACGGUCUCUCCGAGAAAGAGGCAAACAAAAGGCGAUUCCUAUAUGGCGACAACAAAAUUAUCAUUCGUGUACGUCCAAUCAUUGUCCUGCUCAUCCAAGAGGUUUUAAAUCCCUUCUACAUCUUCCAGCUUUUCAGCGUCGCACUGUGGCUUUCUGACAACUAUUAUUACUACAGCGGAUGCAUCAUCCUUAUGUCUGCUGUGUCUAUCACAGUGGCGUUGUAUACAACAAGAAAGCAAAGCAUUACGCUAAGGGACAUGGUUGAGUCCAACACAACCGUCGAAGUGUUGAGAAAAAGCGGAGCAUGUAUCAAAGUGCCAGAAGACCAGCUGGUGCCUGGUGACGUCAUGGUUCUUCCUCCUGAAGGCUGCGUGAUGACAUGUGAUGCAGUGUUACUGACCGGCAACUGUAUCGUCAACGAGAGUAUGUUGACGGGUGAGAGUGUUCCGGUGACCAAGACUCCGUUGCCUUGCGCCAUGGGAUCAGACGGUGAGGAGGACUCCGGAUACAAUGCAGACAAACAUAAACGCCAUACGCUGUACUGCGGAACGCACAUAAUACAGACGCGCUACUAUGGCGGCGAGAUGGUUAAAGCGGUCGUCGUACGAACGGGAUUUUCGACUGCUAAGGGUAAUCUGGUGCGCUCCAUUCUGUACCCUAAACCAAUGGAUUUUAGCAUGUUGAAAGAUGCGAUACUCUUUCUUUGUGCACUCGCCACAUUUGCUGUCAUUGGUAUCAUCUACGCAAUCGUAGUUUUUGUCAAUUUUGGCAACGAUGGGAGUUACAUUGUCAGACGCGCUCUGGAUGUCAUCACAAUUGCUGUGCCACCUGCUCUACCUGCCUCCCUUACCAUUGGCAUGCUGUUCGCUCAGCUUCGUCUGAAAUCUAAAGGUAUCUUCUGCAUCAGUCCACAGCGGAUCAACACGUGUGGAUCUCUGAAUGUCGUCUGCUUCGAUAAGACUGGUACCCUUACCGAAGACGGCCUUGACUUGAUGGGAGUCCAGCUUGCUGGAAGCGGGAUUUUUGGUGAACUCAAGACAUCUGUUGCCGACGAUACCACUGGACAUCACCUUGCUGCCAUGGCAACGUGUCACUCUCUGACCAUCAUCAAUGGAGAAUUAAGUGGUGACCCCAUUGACCUGAAGAUGUUUCAAGCCACGGGAUGGGACUUGGAGGAACCGACUAGCAAGGAGACUACAAACUUUGACAUACUGGUACCCACCAUCGUACGGUCACCAUUGAAAACAGAUGAGCGUGAGAUAGGUGUCCUGAGGCAAUUCCCGUUCUCCUCCGACCUUCAACGGAUGAGUGUGAUCACGCGCACUCUGAGUGAAGAAACCAUGCGACUCUACGUCAAAGGAUCUCCAGAAAUGAUAGCGUCUCUCUCCAAAUUAGCAACAAUUCCUGCCAAUUUUCAAGACCAACUCAACUCAUACACCCAGGAUGGAUUUCGAGUGCUUGCCUUGGCUACCAAAGAGCUUGAUCCAAAUCUCACCUGGCAUAAAGCAAGACAAAUAAACAGGAGCCAAGUGGAGAAUGACCUGAUAUUCCUGGGCCUUCUGAUCAUGCAGAACAAGCUUAAACCAGAGACCAAGCCGGUCAUCCAAGAGCUUCAAGCCGCUGGUAUCAGAACAGUCAUGGUAACAGGUGAUAACAUCUUGACAGCGAUCAACGUCGCUCGUAAAUGUGACAUGAUACCAGCGGGUGAAGACAUUGUCAGAGUGGAGGUAGAGGAGGAUAACGAAGGAAAUAAACUGCGUCUUACUCGGCUGACAGGAUGCAAGGAGAAGAAGACGAUUGGUCAGGAUCACCUUGACGAUGGAGACUGUGACGAGAUCCAUCUUCAGAUUGAAUCCACAGUUGGUCGUAGGACGCACUACGCAAUUGAUGGCAAAUCAUUCAAAGCAGUCAGGGGACUAAACACCGACGCCCUUGCAACACUUGCUGUUCAAGGCACGGUCUUUGCUCGAAUGACACCAGAUCAGAAAGCUCAACUUGUUGAGUCUCUUCAAGAUUUGGAGUACCGGGUUGGUAUGUGUGGCGAUGGAGCUAAUGACUGCGGAGCGUUAAAGGCAGCACAUGCUGGAGUGGCACUGACAGAAACAGAGGCCUCCGUAGCUUCACCAUUUACGUCCAAAAUACAAAACAUAUCCUGCAUUCCUACAGUGGUCAAAGAUGGUAGGGCUGCGUUGGUGACGUCAUUUGGUAUGUUCAAGUUCCUGGCUCUAUACAGCAUGAUUCAGUUCAUCACCGUCAUCAUCUGUUACUCGUUUCAUUCGUUUUUGAGCGAUUUCAUGUUCAUGUACGCCGACAUCUUUGUCUGCACAACAGUCGUUCUCUUCAUGGGACGAAAUGACGCUUACCACGUCAUCGCACCCAAGAAGCCGCCGAGUAAACUGGCUAUCUUCCCCGUGAUCUUCUCUGUGAUAACUCAAGUCGCUAUUCAGGCAGCCUGUCAAGUCGCUGUCUUCUUCAUUCUCCAGGAGCAACCGUGGUUUGUUCCUCUGGUUCCCGAACAAAACUCCAAGAACCUGGUGGCCUGGGAAACGACAUCUGUAUUUCUGGUGUCAAUGUUUCAGUAUUCCACAGUUGCCAUCAUCUACACGCCCAGGAAACCCUAUCGGAGAGCCAUCUAUACCAAUUAUUUGUAUCUGGUUGACUUGAUCAUAAUCCACGCAUGUAGCCUGGUCAUUCUCUUCUAUCCGCCCACGGCGAUUGAAGAUCUUUUUAAGUUGAAGCAUAUCCCCAGCUUUCGCUUCAAGGGGAUCAUUUUUGGCGUGGUGUUGCUCAACUUCAUCUUAUCUGCGUUGGUAGAGCUCGUCCUCGUUUCCAGUCGUACAUUGAUGGGGUUUCUGUCUUGUAAACGCUUCCGUAAAGUCUCCCUACCAACGUAUGAAGAGUUCAAGAUAAAACCAAUCCGCCUGAGCGACGAUUCCUAAGGAUAGAUGGCAUUUAAGUCAAUUUCUGAAGUGUGCACAAAGUGAGAAAGUACCGUGUUGGUUUUGGGGUAAUCUACGCGAUGAAUAAAGCUUAUUCGUGGUGAAAAUUUGGAUUAUGUGCCAUGUAUCUAUCGUCGUGAUUGGAGAUUUCUUGUCACACAUGGAGGCAAUGAUUUCUGAAAAUUCAGCACUGCCUCCCCGGCAAGUGCGUAGUCGGUGGUGGGGGCUUAAAGGCGGCUUUCCAUGUACGUUUUAGGGGUGCGUUGCGUACACGAUGCGUUCAUGCGUUUCACUUCCACGGACACAAAAUUCGACUCCGUCAACGGAACACACGUGUGCGUUGCAUUGUCGUCAAAAUCGCUCCGGGAACGAUUUUGGCUGAUACGCAAGGCUUGGCACAAGUGUUGAUACGCAUAUGGAAAGGCACCUCAAGGGUGCGCGUAGUCAGUGACUUGAAAAGUGUGUGGGUGUGGGGGGCGGGUAAUUAUAUUUGUAAUCCCCUUCGUCAAAAAGUGUGGGGGAGAGGGUAUUUCGCCCACCCCUGGGAUCUCCGCCAUUGUUUAUUGUUUUCUGUGUAAUCUGCUCGAUGGGGUGGUGCCAGACUAUCUGAGGUUCCAAGCAUCACAUCCAUCUCUUUUAAUAUGGCUAAAACAUUAAGUAAUCGCAAAUUUUAAAUUGGUCAUCACCGUAAAAUAUUGAUUUAUAAUAUAUAACUUUUAUAUAAUUGCUUCCAUGUUUACCCCCAGAUCCCACGAAUAAAAAGCUAACCGCCUUCAGUUCAGUAUUAUUUGACGAAAAAAUGAAUAUGAAAUUCAAGUUAUGUAGGGCCUACAGUUUUGCUUUCCGUGUUAAAAGCUUUGCUCUGAAAAAGUUUGAAUAGAUAUAAACCCGUAAAUUGCCAACCUUGGAGAUAAAUAUUCAUUAUUGUAUUGAUACUACGCAGAUGGUCUUGAAGUAAACGCCCAAGUCUUCUUCGGUUCGAGUAAAAGACGUUUUAUAAUAUAUCCUAGGUAUGCCGCAAAUUGUAGAAAGGAAGGUCUUAAUCUCUUGCCUUUGUUUUUUUUUUCUCUCAAGAAAAAAGUCUUUAAUCAUUGUACAUAAUUUCGGAAACAGUCUGAGAAUGACGCCCAUUGUAAAAAUUACCAUCUUUGUUGUUCUCAACAUAAUACGAUGGUAUAACAUAACCCCUGAAGAAAACGUUGGGCUGGAACCUAAAAUUUGACUUUAAUUAAAAUCAAAGUGCGCCUACAAACCUGCAGUUUUUGUACAUAUGUUUCAGCUUUGUAGAUUGUUGAUAUUUCUCAAUGUUUAGAACAUGGACUGCUGAGCUUUUUAUCAACUUAUAGUUGUGACCUCGUAUAAAAAUAGAUGAACUAAGUCUACCAUUGCAUGCCCUUCCGAGUGAAUGUGAUACAAACUUCCUGACCUAAUACAAAGUCAGGCGAAAUUCUUUUAAAUACUACUAACUGUCCUAGGUACCUAUAAAUUCAAACUAAAUUCGAUUUCAGCGAACAUUCAACGAAUUUUGAAGUUGUGACGAAAAAAUAAAAGGUGAUAUCAA